UCUAAGGUGUUAAGUUGUAUAGAGGGAAUAAGGUCGAAAAUGGCAGCUAAAAUCUUUUUCGUUUUGUUCAUUCAAGCUGUCCUUUCAAAGGCUGUCCUGAGCCAGUGUAUUGGCGCUGGUUUCCCCGGGCCCUACGGACCUGGCUUUGGAUUCGACGGCCUGGCCUACGAUGGAUUAGGUCUGGCACCGUUCGAUGCUUAUGGAAUGGGACCUUAUGAUGCUUUCCCUCUUGCGCCAUUCGACAUGCCUUACGGUCCCACUUGGCCUGGAAUGGGCUGUGGAGCUCCAUUAGGUUUGGGGCCAUUUGGCCCUGCUACGGCUCCAGGAUUCGGUGCCGGAUAUGGAUAUGGUGGGCCUCUCCCCAUCGCUGCUGGAUCACCCAUGCCGCCAGCAGGCUUGUCCAUCGUAUCAGAAAACGUAAUUGAAGGUGUGGUAUCAGUUGCUGGUCAGCUCCCAUUCUUGAGUGCUGUCUCUAUGGCCGGAGAGUUCCCCACUGCUGGAUCCGGUGCUGUUUCCUAUGGUUGCGGUGAUGGUGGUCUUGGUAUAGUCGCCGAGAUUCCCAUGGGACCCGCUGUGGGUCCGAUUAUGGAGCCUAUCAUGGCGACCGCCAUGGCCCCAUUUGAAUACGCCGCCGUGGGACCUUAUGGUUAUGGACCCGUGGUCGAUGGUCUGGGCUACGGACCUAUUGGAGGUUGUGGUUAUGGAGCUUACUAUUGAUUAAGAUGUUUAUGUUUUUUAUAAUAAAAUAUGUUAAAUGAU